AUGUCUAACCGUACGAAGCGCAAGUUCGACAUUGACCCUACAGCUUCCGACCCGGAGGACGACGACUACGACGACGUCGACCGCGCGCCACCACAACGUCGCCGCGCAAAUCGAACACCGGGCACGAAGAAGCAGGGCAACAAGCGCCAGCGUCGUAUUUACAACGGCUCUGACAUCGACGACGACGACGACGACGUCAUCGAAGACGACUCCUUCACCGAACGGUCUGAGUCCGUCGAGCCUGAGGUCAACCCUGCAACAGGCCGCAGCGUGCGCCACGCGACGAAGAAGAAAGUCACGUACGAAGAGAGCGACGAAGACGAGAUAGAAAAUACGCCUUCUGAUAGCGAAGACGACAAGCCUCGAGGUACUGGACGAGGAAGGGCUAAACCAUCAAUUGAGGAGGUUGAGAAGCCGUCACUUAUUGUUAAACUGAAGAUGCCCGAGCAUGCCUUUGGCCGUGCGCUACGCACCCGUACAGGCAGCAAGUCUGCUGCUCCUCCGCGAGGGAGAACACCGGAAGUCGGUAUUACGCGGCGUAGUAGCCGCCUCUCACACGACGUUGAGGCGCCCAUGGUGGCGCUUUCAGACUCUGGUAAACAUGCAAAUGUUGUUCGAGAAGGCACGCGAACACCUGAGCCGUCGACCGCUCGAGCUACUAGAGGUGGCAAGGGUCCUAGAGUGCAGGCUCCAAGCACUAUCGAAGAAGCCUCCCAGGAAGUCUCAAUGAUCCGCGAAGAGGACAGUCCUGGUCCAAUCGACAUGUUGCUUGCAGGCGCUCAAAUGCAAGUUGAAUCUAGCGCACGAGAGUCACCUGAGCAGGAGGCUCAUGGAACUAAGGAAGAAGACCAUGACGAAGCGGGUAUGGAGGGCGUCAUACAAGAGUCGCAGCAGGACCGCGUUGCAGAUGAUUCUGACGACGACGAGGAAGGCCCUGUUACCCGCGGCGGCCGUAACCUACGGUCUCGAGCGACAUCACAGAAGCGCAAACGUGGUGCCGACGAAAGCAGUGAUUUCGAGCCAGUUGAUGUCGAUGCUGAAGGCGAGGAAGAGGAAAUGUCAGACUCGGACACUGGCAAGGGUAAGGCCACGGCUUCCGACAGCGGCUCAGGCUCCGCACGCAAGACUAGAGGUCGGACUCGACAGUCGCAAAGAAGCCGACGCAAUUCUUCUGACGAGGAGUCCGCGCUAGACCCCGACGAGUUGCAAGACGAACUGCAGGAGCUGAGUUCGAACAAAAGGCGCCGCCUGGGUAGACGUGUACCUGACAAGGACGUAUCGUAUGAAACAGGACCGAGGCGACGAGAGCGUAGAACGGUUGACUACAGGGUGGUUCGCCCUGAGCUCAACGCGGUCUUCGACAACGAUGACGAUGAUGGCCCAGCACCUUUGGCGAGCAAGUCUCGUUCUAAGGCAGGUGGUGGAGCGUUUGGUACACUAUUCAGUAAUCAGGGACCCUUCGGUGGAGGCCAGGUUGGCUUCGGACAAAAUGACGAUUCUGAUAGCAGUGAUGAGGAAGUUCAGAAGAUGCCCCGGCACUUUGGCAGUAUUGUCGGCAUGACGCCCACAGCAGCAACAGCACCUGGCUUUGGCGCAUUUCCACAGUCGCACAACAACGCAGCACAAGAAAAGGGUUCUGGUGGCGGGCCAGCCAACUUCGGCAGGAUCAAGGAUAAGAAAGCUUUGGCUGACGCUGAUCCACUUGGCGUCGACCCUAACGUCAAUUUCGACGGUGUCGGUGGCUUGGACGACCAUAUCAACAAACUCAAGGAGAUGAUCAUGCUGCCGUUACUGUACCCAGAGGUGUUCCAACGCUUCAAGAUUACUCCGCCUCGAGGUGUGCUCUUCCAUGGACCUCCGGGAACCGGUAAGACAUUGCUGGCUCGUGCUUUGGCCUCCAGCGUCAGUACCCAUGGCCAGAAGGUCACGUUCUAUAUGCGCAAAGGUGCCGACGCACUCAGCAAAUGGGUCGGUGAAGCAGAGAAGCAGCUGAGAACUCUCUUCGAGGAGGCACGGAAGACACAGCCUAGUAUCAUCUUCUUCGACGAGAUUGACGGUCUGGCACCCGUGCGAUCCAGUAAGCAGGAGCAGAUCCAUGCUUCCAUUGUCGCAACCUUACUUGCGCUCAUGGACGGCAUGGAUGGCCGUGGACAGGUUGUCGUCAUUGGCGCGACAAACAGACCUGACUCUGUUGACAACGCGCUACGACGUCCUGGUCGAUUCGACCGCGAGUUUUACUUCCCUCUACCCAAUGUAAUUGGACGUCGCGCUAUUCUUGACAUCCACACUAAGAACUGGGACCCACCUCUUGAUCCCAAGAUGAAGGAUCAGCUUGCGGAACUGACAAAGGGGUAUGGAGGUGCAGAUCUUCGUGCUUUGUGUACAGAAGCUGCUUUGAACGCCGUUCAAGGCACUUACCCGCAGAUCUACCAGUCCGAGAAGAAACUACUCAUUGAUCCUAGUGAGAUCAAGGUCCUUGCCAAGGAUUUCAUGGUGUCAGUAAACAAGAUGGUACCUUCGUCACAAAGAACCGCCACCGCUGCUGCCAAUCCGCUACCUAAGAGUAUUGAGCCUCUCCUGCGGAGACCACUCGCGGAUAUAAUCAAGCGCAUAAAUGAGCUUAUUCCCCGGAGGAAGCCACUCACUGCACUCGAGGAAGCAGAGUACGACGAUCGUGAGGACGAGAAGGGCUUCGAGCGUGAAACGACUAUGCGCACUUUUGAAAGCAGUCGAAUUUUUAGACCUCGCCUCCUCAUCACCGGAUUGCAGGGAAUGGGUCAACAGUAUUUGGGAGCAGCCCUGCUCAGCAAAAUUGAAGGUCUCCACGUGCAAUCAUUUGACCUGCCAACCAUUCUGGAAGACUCCACACGAUCUCCCGAGGCUGCUAUCACACAACUAUUCACCGAAGUCCGACGUCACAAGCCUAGUGUGAUUUACAUACCGGCUGUGGACGUGUGGUACAAUACGCUACCUCCAGCAGCUACGAAAACUUUCAAGCUACUGUUGCGCAGUAUUGGUGCCAACGAAGCAAUCAUGCUGCUGGGUGUCAUGGAGCUCGAAGACCUUGAAACCAGACCUGACCGGCAAUUGCUGGUUGACCUCUUCGGUUUUUCCCUCAACAACCAAUUUGAGCUGAAUCGCCCAGAUCACGAGGGACGCGCCGAGUUCUUCACUUCCAUCAGCCAUUACAUCCGCAUGUCUCCCGCCGACUUUCCGGACCUUGAUAACCGGAAGAAGCGAGUCCUUCCUGUUCUUGAGCCAGCACCGAUUAUUGAGCCGGUUUUGGAUCCCAAGGAAAUCGCUGCUCGAGAAAAGGCACAGAGAAAACAAGACCAAUUGACACUCAACAAGCUGAAGGGUGUGAUUCAACCGAUCAUGGACAACCUCAAGAAAAAGCACAGAAGGUUCUUUAAGCCGGUCUUAGAUCCUGCUUGGUACGCAUACCUUAUCGAUGAGCAGAAUCCGAAUCGUGUCACCAGUGAUCUCGAUCGUGAACAGCAGGAGGCAGAAGGCAUGACUCGGCCUUGGGAGACAUCAAAGGACAACAAAGGCGUGGAUGUCCUGCUACACGUCGAGAGCGGGAACAAAUACUACAACCUUGAUCUAUCGCAGAUCGAGCAGCGCCUUUCGAACGGAUACUACAAACGCCCAAAAGACUUCCUGUUCGAUGUUAAGACCCUAGCAAAGGACUCCAGAACGUUCCAGGAUGUGGAGCGAACGCUAAAGGCCAACGAGAUGGUCGCGAACGUUGAGGUCGACAUAGAUUCUUGGUUCACCGGCAGCGACGCUCAAUAUCCGUGGUUAACGAAAGAGUGCGAUGCUUUGUACGAGCGUGAGCUCCAGCGUUCGAAAAAGGCACAAGAGAAGCGAAGGAAGGCAAUCGCAGAAGGCGAGGAAGUGCCACCUGAUGUCGCACCGGUGCCGCCUGAGCAGUCGCAUACAACAGCUGAGACUUCUGGGCCUAUCGUACUGGGUGAGCCCAUCCCUCGUUACCCUCCGCUCACACCUUUGCGGGCACAUCAUAACGGAUCACUAUCCAACGGCACGAGCGCAGGGUAUAGUGGGGAGCACCAAAACGGAUCAACAGUGCCAUCGCGUGUGGCAGAUGACGACUCCGUUAUGCCCGAUAGUCAGCUUGACGUCACUGCUAGUACGCAGGCCGACUUACAGUAUCAAACGCCUAGUAGGCCCAACACGCAGCUGACGCAGAGGUCGCAAUUAUCAGCACGGACAUUCGUCAACCCAAACAUGCUUCCUCACGACUACCACAACAGCGCCAGUACUACAACAUCCGGCAACCAAACCUCCAAGCGCUCUUCAGACAACAAGUUCCCCACUCAAAGCAGUAAUGGUGUAAGCCAUGUUGGGCUACCCGAAUUCAUUGCUCCUGCUGGCGGAUCGCAGCUGCCAGACACACAAGGUAUGGCAGACUCCUUCUACCGUCGAUUCGAGCUCGAUCCACCCUUCUUCCCCGGGUACUCAGCUAACUCGAGUUUCGACACAGAACAGCAAUUCCAUAGUCAACACUCCGGAUCGCCACCAUCUCAAGCCUCUCAACCUUCUCAACCGUCUCAAAUGCCUGCGCCUGCACCGCCAGCCCACAAAUCGAACAUCGUCGACAUCCUUGCCGAGCCACAACCAGAGCCCCAGCUUAUCUUGGAUGAUUCAUCUCUGAUCCAGCUUCAUAGCAAACUGGUUACCUCUUCGUCGGGCUGCUCGCUCGAACAACUCGAGCAGAUCAACGCCGCGCUCAUGGACACCAUCUGGCAGAAUCGCAGAGAGUACAACCGUAACAAGGUUAUUACCGCUGUAGCUGACGCAUUCAAUGUCAUCAUUGAAGAUAUCGAAGCUAUCCAAAAAAUCCUCAAGCAAAGCCAGGACGAGGAAGGCGAUCAGCAUCAGAUGCAGUAUGGCUUUGACCCUAGCCAAGCAGCUCCUUAUACGCAGGCGGCCAGGAGCGAUUACUACACGCAGCCUUGA